UUAAACGCACUUCAAAGUUAAAAAGAACGUCAGUGACAUCGUGUAAGUGAAUUUAAUAUAAUUAAUUGUAUAUUGGUGACAUCCUAGAAAAGUAUCAUAAAUAAUGUGGUCUUUUAAGAAAAUGUGUACAAGUAAUGCACGUCUUGAGGGCAAGACUGUUGUAAUAACAGGAGCAAGUAGCGGUAUUGGUAAAGAGACUGCCAGAGAUUUUUAUGGAAGAGGCGCUAGGGUAAUUCUGGCCUGUAGAAAUAUGGAAAAGGCAAACGAAGCAGUUAAGGAUAUAAAAAAUAAUCCACCUUCCAGAAUUAAAAAAGACGAGUACCAAAACGGUGCGGGAGAACUUGCAAUUUAUUUUCUUAAUUUAUGUAGUUUAAAGAGCGUGAAAGAUUGUGCUAAAAAUUUACUGAUGAAAGAAGCAGCCAUUCACAUUCUUGUAAACAAUGCUGGAGUGGCUGCGAUUUCGUACGAAAAAACAGAGGACGGAAUUGAGACAACUUUUCAAACGAAUCAUCUUGGCCAUUUUCUUUUGACGCUUCUACUGCUGCCAAAAAUGCAAGCGUCUUCCCCAGAUUGCAGAAUAGUCAAUGUAUCAUCAAUUGGUUAUAUUUUCGGAGACAUAGAUUUUGAUGAUAUUAAUCUAGAAAAAUCUUAUCGCCCACUCAAAAGUUACUUCCAAAGUAAACUGGCAAACAUCCUCUUUACAAGGGAACUCGCUCGUCGAUUAAAUAAAGCUAAUGUUCAUGGAAUAAACGUAUAUUCUUUGCAUCCUGGUAAUAUACCAACGGAGAUAACACGGCAUGCUAGUAGCACAUUUUUUCCAGGUGCAAGUUAUUCUUACAGUAUUUUAUCAUGGAUUUUACUAUGGGCUUUUAAGACUCUUGAAGAAGGAGCACAAACAACGAUAUAUUGUUCAAUAGAUGAAAAAACAGCUAAUGAGACCGGACUUUAUUAUUCAGACUGCAGCGUCGUCAAUCCACGAAGGAAAGCGACAAAUGAUGAGUACGCCAAAAACUUGUGGGAUGUAUCUUGCAAGCUUCUGAAUUUAAAGCCUGAAGAAGAUUUUAUUAAAUUUCUACAAACUGUCUCACGCCAAAUAUUAUAAAGAAAUAUUUUUUUUUAAAC